AGUUUAGAGACUGUUUUUCAAGAUGGCGGCUUCCAUGUAUUUAUUUUGAGGAAUUCAACUUUAAAAACAGUUAAGGAAUAAGGGUGUCGACCCUUUCAGAAAGAUAAACUGCUUGUCGAAAUGUGGAAAUUAGUUUUUUAAAACUAUGCCAAAAACAGGAAAAUAUUCUCAACAACGCUUUUGAUGUGGAUGAACCAGUGUAGUGUCCUCCGGAAAACCAUGUAAGGAUCCCGAAAGGGAACGUUUCAAACAUGUCCGAGUUUCCACGACACUCGGGCAGUAAACUGGGUUUCCUCACCUGGCUUCGACACGUAAAACUAUCAAGGCUCGUUAUUGUGAUCUUCGUGGUCUUCAUUUGUAUAUUUCUGAUUGUUCACCAUCUACUGUCUGACCUGGCACCUGUUGGGGAAUCCCCUGCAGGGCAUAGGUCAAGGUUGAAGUUGGACCACUACAAUGAAGAUGAAAGAUUGUUCACGGCUCCAAAUCUGAGUGAUGAAAUAAGGAAGCUAUCCAAAAUAAAAGCGUCUGUAAACAAUGAGCUUCGGGAUAUGGAAAGUAAAAGACAGACGCUGCAAACACAGAUAAUGAAAUAUCAGAUGGAGUUGGAACGAUUGCACAGUGUCAGAGAAACAUUGGAAAGAGAGAUUAAAUUAACGAAGCUUAAUCUAGAUCAGUUGAAGAUUCAGAAAGAAGAACUGGACGAGAAAUAUGUUCCUAUUCUACGAGCGCCAGAGAAAAUUCUUCUUGGACAAGAGACUGAUUUGGAAAUGUUACCUCCGAAAAGUUCAUCAGGAUGUCAAAUGUUCUCGUGUUUUGACUACUCUCGAUGUUCGCUUCUUUCAAGAUUUCCCGUUUUUGUGUAUGAUUUUCAACAACAGAAAAUAUUACCACCUAUGGAGAGGUUCAUCAAUUCAUCUGUGAUGUCAGCUUUAAAAAAAAGUCCUUAUAUAAGCAGUGAUCCAACAAAGGCUUGUGCGUUUAUAGUGGUUAUUGGACAGUUCCAAGACUCAAACACAGUUAGCACAAGAGACAUUAAUAAUUUUUUACACAACUUGCCUUAUUGGCAUGGUGAUGGACGCAACCACAUUCUUAUUAACAUGAUGCGCAAUUAUAAAUCUACAGACUUAUUUGCAAAUGUCAAAACAGACCGGGCAGUCAUAGUGCAAUCAACUUACUUAGAUACACAUUUCAGAAACAAAUUUGACAUUGUCAUGCCGCCAAGUUUGGGGAGUGCUGAUGGGGAUGUUUGGGAGGAGUUGCCAUUAGUCUCUCCAAUACGCAGGAAGUACUUUCUUUCCUUUUGGGGUCAGUACAAGGGCAUAAUAGCUCAAAAUAGUGCCAAAAUUGAGGGAGUGGAGAAAACAUCUCAGGACUUUUCUGAAAAUGAUCUGUUGUCUAACAUAGAAAGUGCCAUAGUUUCCUCUUUAAAAGACAUAAAAAUAGCAGACUCUAAUGAAAUCUAUACUCAGUUUUCUUGUGACUCGGUUGCUCCAGGGGCUAUUAAUGGAGAAUGGAGCAUGUGUGGCACAGACACCCAGAGGAAGGAAAUUCUUGUGCAGUCCACUUUUUCCCUUAUUAUUGCGCCUUCUAACAUUUCAUACAUAUCAAGCACUGUCUUUCAGCUUAGAUUAUACGAAUCUCUUAAAUUUGGAGCUAUUCCUGUUGUCUUAGGGGACUAUGCUCAGCUACCUUAUGAUGAAGUCGUAGAUUGGAAAGAAGCUGCCAUUAUCUUGCCCAAAGCUAGAGCCUCGGAAUUCUAUUUCAUAUUACGAACUUACACAGACAACAACAUUGCGGCCAUGAGGCUGAAAGGAAGAUUUAUAUUUGAAACUUAUUUUAGCACCACUCUGAAAAUUAUUGACACAGUACUUGCCAUUUUGCGAACUCGUUUAAGCAUCCCAGCGGUCCCUGUACAGGACGUGCCGUCUCUGAGUGUAUUUAAUGACUCCUUUAGUCCUCUGGUUCUGGAGGGUUUUGAAGUAAAUCCUGAAACGGAUGAAACUCUAGGACCAGUAGAAUCUCCCUUCCCUUCUAUGAUCUUCAAGGAAAAUUUCACUCAGUUCCAAAGCUACCAGGCGUGGAACAAGAUGGGUCAAGCAUUUAAUUUAUUUCCCUAUGAUGCAGAGGAAAAGGUCCUUCCCUCAGAAGCUAAAUACUUCGGGUCGGGGUUCGGAUUCCGUCCCAUUGGAAAAGGGUGGGGAGGAGCUGGAAAGGAAUUCAGCGAGGCCCUUGGCGGGAAUCUGGCGAGGGAACAGUUCACCAUUGUGCUGUUGACUUACAAGCGAGAACAAGUGCUAAUUGGAGCUGUACAAAGACUUAAAGGAUUGCCAUUUUUGAACAAAGUUAUUGUCGUGUGGAACAAUCCAGCACCCCCAGGACCUCAGAUACGAUGGCCAGAGAUCGGCGUGCCCAUUAAAGUUCUGAAGAUGGAGAAGAAUAGCCUGAACAACAGAUUUCUUCCAUUCAGCAGUAUUGAGACGGAGGCCAUUCUCAGUGUAGACGAUGACGCCCAUCUUAGACAUGAUGAAAUUGUGUUUGGAUUUCGUGUAUGGAGAGAGGAGAGAGAUAGAAUUGUGGGGUUUCCUGGCCGGUACCAUGCCUGGGACGCCCAGAAUAAGAUGUGGUACUACAAUGCUAAUUAUUCCUGUGAGUUGUCCAUGGUCCUGACUGGGGCUGCUUUCUUCCAUAAGAAUUAUGCAUACCUGUACACGCAUUUCAUGCCACAAGCAAUUCGAGAGAAGGUGGAUGAAUAUAUUAACUGUGAAGACAUCGCCAUGAACUUUCUUGUUUCUCAUGUGACCCGAAAACCUCCGAUAAAGGUAACAUCAAGAUGGACGUUCCGGUGCCCAGGAUGUCCCGAGACAUUGUCCAGUGACAUUGAACAUUUCACAGAAAGACAUAAGUGUAUUAACUUCUUUGUACAGGUGUAUGGCUAUAUGCCAUUGUUGUACACACAGUACCGAGUGGAUUCAGUUCUCUUCAAAACGAGACUUCCCGUGGAAAAGCAGAAAUGCUUCAAGUUUAUUUAGAACAAACCAGUAUUCUGCCAAGUUGUAUAUUUACACGCAUCUUUAACACAUUUUGUUAUUUAAUAUCAUUGCUUUCAAAAUUCACCAGUAUGGAAAAAGGUUGUUUUAUUUUUUUAAAACUUAGAAUUAGGAAAA